AAGGAAUUCUUCACCUCUCCCCGGAUGUGUAUCAAGAAAUGGAAGCGAGCCGGAAUAAGGGAGUCCCCGGUGCCCCUGGAAACUACCUGACACCCAAAGACAUUGGCCAAGGAUCCACAGGGCCAUUCUACACCCUGUCGGUGGGCAACACUGCAACCAUCGCAAGAGAGCUGCUGCUGAGCGGGACUUCGCCCACCGCUGAGGCCCUGAUCCUGAAGGGAAAAGCACCUGCUUUGGCCUGUGGCUCCAUCCAACCUUCCCAGCAGCUGGAGUACUUAGCCCACAUUCAAGGCUUCCAGGUGCAGUACUCAGAUCGGCAAACUGACAACGAGUUCAUGACCUACCUGACCCUCUCACCUGUGCAGAUGACCUUCCACGGCAUUGGGAGCUCCAUUUCAGCUAGCCAUGACCAGGCUGCUCUUAGUGCCUUGAAACAGCUGUCAGAACAAGGACUGGACCCAGUAGAUGGACCAAUCAAGGUAGAAAAUGGAUCAUGUGACAUACAAGCGAAACGUCUGGCCAAGCGGACGGACAGCAAACCGACUAACUCAGGCACCACUGCUCAGGACUGCAAGGAUUCAAAGGCUGUCGUGUAGGAGCUGAACCCACCCUUACGCCCCGUCCCCCCGAAAGCCCCCACGACGCCGCGGCAUCCUUCUACACAUGUCAACAUGCAAUAUGGUGGAUGUGUCCCAUGAUAUGAAAUGACAAAAAAUGCAUUCUUUGAGUCUAUGUGAAGACAACACUAUCUUAACACAACAUUUAUUUACUCUAGAGUUAACUAAAAAGAGCAAGCAAGUGAACUUAAAAAAAUGAUAAAAAUGUAAUGCAUGGUAAUGUUUGAAAAUUAAGGGAAAUUUCCCCAUUUGAUAGAUGUUUGAAUAUUAUUUUCACCUUGCCUCCAAGUGAUAUGGAUUUAAACAGGCUUAUGUCAUGCCAUUAUUAUA